AUGGCUCAAACCCCUCCUCCUCCCACCGCCGACCCGGCGAUCUCUGACGCCGCCGUCGCCGACACCGACGUCCAGGCGCAGAGCACCCCUGCGUGGACGGCCACGUACGACGGCAUCGCCGCCAAGCUCCCCAACGCCGUCUCGUCGAGGCUGCCGUCCUCGUCUGCCGCCGCCACCGCCGUCGCGACUGCCCAGGACCAGCUGUCGACCUUCGGCAAGUCGUCCAAGCAGCGCUUCAACGAGAUGAGCCGGACCGCGAGCCAAAAGGCCGGCCAGAUGUCGCAGUCGAGCAAGGACCAGUGGCUCGCCAAGGCGUGGUCCGUCACCAACGAGACCCAGAUCCCGCUCAACGUCGCCCUCUGCCAAGUCGGUCCGCUCUACUACGAGGUGCUCGCGCCCGAGUCCACUUUCGAGCGUCGUGUCCCCAACCUGUGGUUCAGCCUCGAGGUCCGCCCCUACACGGCCCCGUCGACCGCCUACAACGCCUGGUCGACGACCUGGCCCGUCCUCGCCGUCACCGGCCCGGCCGUCGCCGUCACGUCGCUCCUCGCCAUCCCGUUCGUCGCCGUCGCGGCCGGCGGCACCGCCCUCGCGUCACUCACGUCGAUCGGGAGCAGCAUCGCGAGCGGCGCCGCCGGCGCCGCCGAGAGCGCCGCCGCGACCGCUGCGGCGGCGGCGGGCUUUGCGGCCAAGGCGAGCCGCGUUCCUGGCGCGGGCAAGGUCAAGGGCAAGCUCGCCGAUGCCGCCAAGGACCUCGUUGGCGAGCGCCUGACGCCCGACAAGGUCCAGCAGCACGUCGUGCGGUACCUCGCUCGGGCCGGCGGAGCGGGCGCGGCCGAGGGCGGCGCGGCAGCGGCGGGCGAGGGUCCGCACCUCAUCGAGGGCGAGUCGGAGGCGGCCAAGGUGCGGCGCGUCAAGAAGGAGAAGAAGCUCGAGGAGGUCGACGUCACCGGGCACGACCUCGAGAAGGUGCUCAAGUGCGAGACGGGCCACGCCGCGACGGACAAGGCUCUCGCCAAGGCGUUCAAGCGCUUGUCGUUCAAGACCAAGUUCAACGAGUACCGCACCGCGGACAACCCGGUCCUGCGCAUCGCCGGCGGCCCCGAGCUCGAGACGCGCACGGCCGCCCCGACCUUCUUCCACCCCGACCCUGUCCCUCGCCAGAUCCUCGUCUUCUACCCAUUCGUCCUCCUCCACUCGACCUCGAUCAGCGCACAGCCGCUCGACACGGACGAGGCGCCCCUCACCGAGGACGAGCACCGCGUCAUGAGCGAGGCGAGAGUCGUCGAGAGCUACGAGGAGGCCGAGAAGGUGACGCAGAAGGCGCCGACGGGUGCGGCGGCUGAGUCGGCGGCGGGGUCAAGCGGGGAGGGAGCGGCUGUCGGCGUCGAGGACAAGGAGGCGGCCGAGGCGCAGGUCGACAAGGCGGUCGAGGAGGCCAAGGAGGAGGUCGCCGCGGGCGAGGCGGCUUCGGGCGAGGAGCAGGCGCCGGCCAAGAAGAAGGGCUGGCUCUGGUGAUCUCGCUGGAGCUCUCGAUGGCCUCGUUUGCCUGACGUUGCGCCAGAGGAGGUGCGAGGAGGGCGCGCCUCGAGCAUGUCGGCGUCGACUGUACCCUCGCCCUCGUCUGUUUUCACUUGUCGCGCCCCCUCUGUUGCUACUCUGCACUCUGUAAUACUCUGUCGUCUGUCCUU